AUGUUUGAUUCAGUUGGUGUCUUUCCAGACCCAGUUUACCGUGACAGAGUCAGACUGGACAAUCACACUGGUUCAUUAGAGUUACUGAAUGUGGCUGUGAGUGACAGUGGAGAGUACACAGUGACCAUAACCAAAACUCUUAAUGAUCCAGCGCUGACAGACAAAACUACACUACGUGUGAUUGAGAGAAUAUCUGGAGUUGUCCUCAUUGGUCCAGCACAACCCCUAAUAGAAGAUCAAAGUUCUGCUAAUUUAACCUGUGAGGGAACUGGCUCCAUCAUCACCACCGAAUGGAUGAAGGAUGGUCAACCUCUGUCUCCUAGCAACAGCAUCAUCUUCUCUGCUGAUCUGAGAUCAGUGUCCAUCAGUCCAGUGAUGAGAUCAGACAGUGGAGAAUACCAGUGUAGGCUCAGUAACCCUGUCAGCUCUGACACUGCAACCUACACAAUGACUGUCAACUAUGGACCAGGGAACGUAGCCAUCAGUGGACAGAAUGAGGUGGAGGUGGGGUCAAAGGUUACUCUGACAUGCUCUGCUGAAUCCACACCUCCUGCCUCCUUCAUCUGGAUGUUGAAUGGAAGAGAAACAGGAGAAACUACAGCCUCAUAUUCCAUAGAGAAGAUUAACUCCACACACAGUGGGAAUUACACCUGCACAGCCUGGAACAGUGUCACCUCACUCAACACAACAGUUCACCAUCAUUUAACAGUGAAUGGGUCUGUCAGUGGAGGAAGAGAGGAGAUCUUCUCUGGAGGAGUCAUUGCUGGAGUCAUCAGUGGGGGGAUUAUUGUUCUAGUGACAGUGUCUGUUGCAUCAGACCAACAGACUGAAGGAGACACAGAGUUAACCUAUGCUGAUGUCAGACAUCUCCAGAAGACCAGUGGGGAGGUGGAUCUGGGGACAGUGGGAGGAGACAGUUCAGUAUAUGAGUCAAUGAGACCAAUACAGAACUCUCAGCAGGAAUUAACCUAUGCUGAUGUCAGACAUUUCCAGAAGGCCAGUAGGAGGCAGGAGCAGCUGGAGAAUGUGGGAGGAGACACAUCAGUAUACUCUGAGGUCACAGGCACCUCUACAGCCAAUCAGACACCUCCUCAGACCUUCUACUAG